UCAUAAAAUAAAUCAUAUAAAACGGACAGCCGCGAUUUUCUUCAUUUAUUGCUGAUAAACCGCAGGAAGAUGUUUUUCGCCUUAUACUGACACUGAUUUUUAAGCGUUCAAGUGUAAUCUUGCGACAGACAAUGUUAAGUGAGACAGAUUAGGAGAAUUCAAUCAAACGUAAGGUAUACCCUUGAAUUUCUAGAGAAACUCUGUAUUCUGAAAGGGGCCAAAAAAUGACUUUAAUUGUGCCUUCUCCUUUAUGGAAAAAUGCCAGAUGACACAGUAACUGAACAAGAAAAGAAAUAGAAUUUAGACAUCAAAAUGAUGGAUAAAGUCCUGACCACAUACACGAGCUCGAACUUUUUAUUCUUACAAUGGAAAACUGGUGAUCCUGUCGGUUUGGUCGUAGGAAUGAUAACAACUGUUGUUUUGGCCAUUUUGUUCGAAAGUCUACACUUAAUCGAAUCAAAACUACAAAAAGGAGAAACGUCAGACACCAAAAGAACUGUUAAUAUGGCAAAGUGUGCAUUUGUGGGUAAAAGAACAGCUAUUCAUAUGACUCGCGUUGUAUUGGGAUACGUUCUGAUGUUAUGUGUAAUGACAAUGAAUGUCUGGAUUAUUGGUUCUGUCGUUCUGGGAUAUGCCAUUGGAUAUUUUCUGUUCCGUCCCUGGACAUAUACAAAAAAAUCAACACGUAGUUCUAAAUUAAAGAUACCCAAUGGUCUAACUGAACAAUCUGAUAAGCUUCUGACAAAGGAGUCAGAUGUUUAAAAGCAAUUACUGAUUAUAUUUCAGUUUAAAAAAUCCCCAACAUAAUGUCAGAUUGUACACCGGUUUCAUUUGGUUUGUUUCAUAAAGAUUUCAUCUAUGAAACAACAGAAAAUUACAUAACCGAUUGUUUAAUCACUGAUCUUAUGAUUACGGUUGCAUGAGGUGGUACUCUUUAUUUAAAGUAUUCGUGACAUUGUAUAACUGUAACAUUGUUAUACGCGGGAUACUAUUUUUCGUAGUUUUCCAUUUUUUUCUAGGCGUCAACAAAGUACAAAGUGUUUUUACAGGCGUGUGUACGGAGUUAGUCAAAAUGUAAAAUACAAUAUGAGUCUAUAUUUGUUUAAAAAUUAUAAAUUUUAAAAGUGACGGCUUUCUCUUUUAAAUUACAUAAGUUUUGUGUUAUCGCAAACCAACGCCAUCAGUACUGUCAAAAAUGGUGCAGUUUACAUCCAUUUCGAUAAGUUUGGUAGCAUUAACAUUUGAAACAGUUUACUGUGGUAAUAUAUUACAGAAGUUCGUAUUUUCCUUAAGACUAUCUGAAUGAACGGGAAAAUCAAAAUUUUAGUGUUUAUUGAAAACUGUAAAUAUAGAAUUCGAAUAUUUCUGAUUAUUUAAAUGCUAGGAACCUCCUAUCAGUCAUAUAUCAAUAUAUAUAUAUAAAUAUAUAAAGUACCAAUUUUAUAAUAGUAUGACAUAUUUUUAAUUAUUACACGGUAUUAAAUGUCAUGCAGGGAAGAACCAUUUAACCUUUAAGAAUAUAUGCUGGUUUACAACAUUGAAGAACAAAAUACUUUGAUCAGGAAGAUGAUAAAAAAUUCUGAUUGGGAGAAUUUGUCAUUCUGGGUUGUGUUCUUAAGUUUUGUUCGCGAUCUGAACUACACCCUGUUUACAUGAUUUGAAAAAAACUUCUUUCAGAAAGAAAAAAACCCAAAUACCGCUCUUUCAAAUUUAAAUGGUUGUUCCCUUGGUGCAGCACAUUUAAUCAUAACUCUAUAGAAGAGUUGAGUAAUUCAUCACGGAUAUUAUUAGAGUUCUAUGUAGAUUCCAUUAUUUAACUAAUGAGCCCUAGUGACAGAUUAGCAUAUAUUGUUUCUUGGUAAAUUUUACUAUGGUUUCCUAAAUAGAAGUAAAAUAAAACAGAGCAAUCAUGUGGAGUAGAAGUCAGAAAAUCAAAUUUUCAACGGAUUGUUGAGCAUUCUUAUAUAUAUAUAUAUACAUCUCAACUGUCACAUCCUUUGGAAAUCUAAAGUUGUGCCAUUUCACAUCGUAAAUAACUAUUUUUAUUGUUUGCAUAUUUCUGUAGUCUUUGCGGUGUGUUUGGAAAUUUUAAAAUUGUUCCAGCGUUCGCUUAAAUUGUAUAAAUCAAGAUUUUGAUAGUCUCAAUUUGAAUUGACAUGAUUCAUUUGACAUCGUGCUAUUAUUGAAGAAGGAUAUCUGUUAUCCGAAAUAUCUAAUAUUGGUAUAUUUUAUAGUUA